CGUCAUACGUGACGUUUCUAUCCCAUCGGACACACAGGAAAAACGGAAUAAAAAAAUAUACACAAAAUUAUUAAAGUUCCUGUACACUGCAUUUAGUAGCUGCUAUGCAGCUGAGUGAGUUUGGGAUACCCGGACAGUCCUGCGCCCGCAAUGCCAGGGGUAAAAUAUGAGCAGCUGUCAACCAAAGCUGAAGUCGAAGAAGAGGUAGCUACAGCUAAACCUAAGAAGAAACGUUCUGAGUUCUGGUGCCAGAAGGGUCUGCUGUCCCUAGGAUUAAUUCUCCUGUACUUCUCGCUGUCGAUCGGAUUGACUUUCUACCAGAGAUGGCUACUGAAGGAUUUCCGCUACCCCCUAACGGUGGUGAUGUACCACUUGAUAGUGAAAUGGUGUCUGUCCGUAUGCGUCCGCUGCGCGCGUCACUUCAUCACCGGCUCGAGCCAGCUGGUCCUACCGUUCAUGACGUGCUUACGCUCCGUGGCGCCCACAGGACUCGCAAGCGGCAUAGACGUGGGAUUCUCCAACUGGGGCCUGGAGCUGGUGACCAUCUCGCUGUACACCAUGACGAAGUCUACCACUAUCAUCUUCAUACUCGGCUUCGCUAUCUUACUCGGUCUGGAGAGGAAGUCAUGGUCCCUAGUCGGCAUAGUAUUCAUGAUAGCCGUCGGCCUCGUCAUGUUUACAUACAAGGCCACCGCGUUCAACCUGCUCGGCUUCAACUUCCUGCUUGUGGCCUCGUUCGCCGGCGGCCUCCGGUGGACGUUCGCCCAGUUGCUGAUGCAGCGAGCGAGGCUAGGGCUCCAUAACCCGGUGGACAUGGUGUUCCAUGUUCAGCCGUGGAUGUUCCUGUCGCUGCUGCCCUUCGCCCUGCUCUUCGAAGGUCUAUCCUGUUUCGUAUACCUCCUGUCCCUGCCGCAGGGGGCGCUAGUGCCAACGCUAGUAAAGGUGUCUGGGGGCGCCACCAUCGCAUUCCUCAUGGAGAUUUCAGAGUUCCUCGUAGUGACUUACACUUCUAGCCUGACGUUGUCCAUAGCCGGGAUCUUUAAGGAGAUGUGCAUUCUAGUGUUGGCGGUGGAGGUGAGCGGGGACCGACUGAGCGCGAUCAACGUCGCUGGUCUGGGCGUGUGUCUCCUGGGCAUCAUCGGACACAUUGUACAUAAGGUCCUCUUCAUAAAAUCCGUAACGGGCGCAGUGCCGCUAGACGACGACUUUGACCCCGUGAACCGCUCCCGGACGCCCAAGGGCGGCGGAGAACCCCUCCUCGAGGCCAAGUGGACGCACCCGAGCGACGAUAGCGACGUCGACGCUAACUUGGUACUGUUCGAGGUGAUGCAGAGACGAGACGGGAGGUAGGGCUAGGUAUGUUAGCCACAGAUAAAUGGUAACAUUCCAUUUGUAACCGCAACUGCACUACCGGUACUGAACGCGUCGCUGUCAUUGUCAAUUUCCAUAGUAAAAUUGACAGUAGUACAGCUGUCGUUGGAAAUGGAAUGUUACCCAAAACAUCCUCCAGACUGAGCAUAGUCGCGCUACCCCCUCUGCCACGCAUACGGUAAUUUUACUCCAUGUUCGAGUCGACGUGUCUUUGUGUGACGCUCGUGUCUUUGAGCGGACCAAUCACGGCACGGGAUUUCGCUCACCUCGUCCCGCCCACCCCGCAUUUUUGGCAUCAUCGGUUGCAUGAAAUAAUUGCUCUAAACUCGGUCUAGAGGAUUACUAGUCUAUGAUGUUAGCUGAGAAAAUUAAAAAAAUAUUGUGCAAGUUGGCCUCAGGGGAUGUUACACAAGUCAAUACAACGUUUGCUGAGACAAUAUCACUGCAAAUGUUGUUGUGACUUGUGAAAGAGUCUUUGUGUGAUAAUAAUCUACCUAUCUAAUACUUUUAAACGAGCAAUUCUUGUUUAUUGAUCUAGCUAGGCUUUAUCUCUGGGAAAACACGCAUUUUUAGUUUUUAUGUUUUCCGAGCGAAGCUCGGUGUCCCAGAUAAAUAUAUUAUUAUUAUCACACAAAGGGCUAUACUGACUGAGGGCAGUGUUACCGCUUUGAGUCAAGAAGUGGUAUCGUUAGUGUUUUGAGUGGUGCAAACGAAAUUUUAUAGAGAAACAUGUACCGUUUAUGUGCCGGGGUGAAUAUGUAGCAUCAAAAAAUCAUAACAGAAGUAAGCCUUGUAACUUUGCCUAAAAAUCACUUCAUCAUCAUCAUCAUCUCAGUGACCAUAUCGCCAUACGAUUAAAUAAAUCAUCUCAGUAAUUUUUUCCUUCGUAUUUUCACGAAAACUUACGAACAUGUCUUUUUUUCAGUUAGUCUCGGUGCAAAAAGUACUGAGGUUAACUUAAGUGGCAUGAUCCGAGAAAAUACGAAGGAAAACAAUUAAGCACAACAUCUGUUGUUAUGUGAUAUACUUGUAGACAAUAUUUCCAUACGGUGCAACUGUGAAAUGAAAUUCGAGGCGUGGUAUUGAGUGUUUUGAGCAGUGCAUAUCACCGCGGUACAUAUAAGUUAAACUAAAUGUACUGCCGCCAUCAGAUAUAUCGCAGCGGCCAAGGUGUUCCCAAAUAUCUGAACAAAUCCUCUAUUAUCAAGAUUAAGUGUAUUUUUUUUAUAUUUUUGAACACUGGCCGCUCCGGUUCUGAUGACGACUGUACGCGAUAAAUGCAAAAUGUAUCGGGUUUCGAUAAAAAAACCGGUUUUAAUCGUUUGAAACCGGUUUAUUUAUUUAGAAAACUGCGUUGUACUACAGGGACGUAGCCAAGAUGGCAUUCGUUUACUAACAAAAGCCAAUCGAAAAGUAAACAUGAAUCUAGACGACAGGUCGGACGAAAAGUGACAUUUUUCCAUACAUUAUUUAACCCAUUGACCACCAAAGAUGUGAACCGACGCACGCGGCUACACCCCAAUAUCAACCUUCGUGCAUUACUACAAGGUUCACGAUGACGCGCCGCGCACGAUAACCGUUCAAAGGGUUAAGUUCGGUUGGUGUUUUCUAUUAACGAUUAUCACUUGGCCAGGAUUGUCUAUUUAUGUUGUCUUAAUGUCUAUUUAGUGUUAAUCCUAUAUGUAGUAGGUAUUUGUUCUGAAAUUGUUAACAUUCCUUCGUUGUUAUUAUAUUACUUAAUUAUUUAUAUUAAGUUCGUCUAAAAUAAAACUUUUUAAUUAAUAAUUGGUCACGCCUACAUUACCGUGUAAAUCGAAAUAUGUAUUGUAAUAUUAUGUAUUAUAAAAGUGAAAAUAAAUCUGUCUGUUACCUCUUCACGCUUUAACCGCUGAACCGAUUUCGAUCAAAUUUGGCAUGGAGAUAGUUUGAGUCCCGGGGAAGGACGUAGGAUCAUUUUUAUCCCGAAAAUAAUUCUGUAGAAGGAUGAAAAUGAUUAUAUGCAAUUAUGCAUAUGAAGUGGCGGGCAGAUGCAAGGUAGAUAAGUUUUAAUUUAGACGGCCCUUAAGCAUUUUGUAAAGGUACUAAGUGUUUUACAAUUUUUACACUUUUCUUAUAUCUAACAUUCCAAUAAAAGUCCUAACUUAAGAUUUGAUGUUUGUUAUUUUUAUACAGUUAGCUCAGACAAAAGUGUGUGUGUGUAUUUGCGCAUUUUAUUAUGACUAUUAUACAGAAUGGCUAAAAAUAAUUGCCUUCAGAUUUUGGGAUUAUACUGAUCAACUUUUACUAUAGGACCAACUCCGAAAUAGAAAAAGAAAGUGUCUGUUUCAUACAUUUUGGCUCGUUUAUUUUCUAUAGGAGGGUAAAUUCCAUUUUAUUUCCCCCAUUUCGGGGCUGGUCCCAUAGUAAAAGUUGGUCAGUGUAAUCCCAAAACCUCCCUGGCAACGGGAAUGCUUUUAUUUUUUAGCCACCUUGUAAAAAAUAAAGAGUUAAUACGGCGCAAUUCGGGAAAUGAAUGAGAGAUUCACUAGAUAUGAAAUAGUAAAGAUAUGUGACAUUCCACGGCAAAAGGUACCUUAUGGCGGCUGGCGCUUACGCUAUUAUUACCACUCCGCUCCAAUAUUCAGCCGAGGCAAUGGUACCUUUGCAAUGGUGCCGUGGAACGUCACAUAUUUUUUAUAUUUCAUAUCUAGUGAAUCUCUAAUUCAUUUCCCGAAUCGCGCCGAUAGAUUUUAGAAGAGGUGUUAAGAACAAUCUCGCUGACAUUGUCGUACGCGCAUUAUAUUGCUGUCCCGCCCACGCCCAGCUUACUAUAGGGACUACGAGCGGGACAGCUAUAUAAUACAUACUCGUAAUGCGUGUGCGAUACAGAUUGGAACAGGCAGGUUAAUGUACAAAAUUCUUCGUGCUUACUGUCGUUACUUUAGACCUGUAUUCGUUCGAAUGAAUGUAACAAAUAAUUAACCUAAUUCAUAAACCGGUUUUAUAUACAUAACCGGUUUUUUCACAAACGCCUUGAGCUGGAAUAUAAAUCGAUUGUGUUUUGCCACGAAAAAUAGUUCAGAACUUUGUAAAUUUUAUAUACUAAAUUAUAAAUUGAAACGAUUAUCCCCCUUUUCAUUAAAACUUAUCAAAUCUCUGUUACACAACAUUAACAAACAAAACUGUCAAAAUAACAUAUCUGUUAUUUUUCAGCACAAACGAUAAUCAAUUAUCAAGAGCUUGUUAGACUUACAGAUGUAGUGCAUAAUUGUUUACCAUCGUAUUUUUUCGUUAACGUUCGUAUUUGUCAUGCUAGUUCAGUCAACCUCAGUACUUUUUGUACCGAGACUGACUGAAAUAGCAAGACACGUUCGUAAGUUUCCGUGAAAAUACGAUGGUAAAUAAUUAUGCACUGCAUCUGUAAUAAGCGUUUAUGAAUAACGCCAUAUAUCUAUUACAAUAAUUCCGCUAAUUGACUGCCAAACAUUAUCAAAGUCCAUUUGACAGAAAAUGCCAACAACAUGGGCGUAUCAACAACAAGGUCUCACCUUAAUGGGCCCACUGAUUAACAGUCCGCCGGACGGUAUCGGCCUGUCAGUUGUUCGGAACUGUCAAAAUUUUGUUGUAACUGACAGGCCGAUACCGUCCGGCGGACUGUUAAUCAGUGGGCCCCUUUAGGUGGUUAAGAGCAGCAUGUAAAUAUGUAAGUACCUACAUAAUGGGAAUUCCUCAUCACAACUUAGGAUGAGCCCACUUUUUUCAUAUUCUCUCGUGUACAGUAAACGUAAAAAUCUAUACUGACGAGAGUUCAAAAAUAUCUACACUUCCUCGACAAUCAUUAACUUCAUAUCAAUACUAUAAUAAGGGUUAUACAGGACUAGGUAUACAAACUAAAAUCAAUCGAUUUUUGUACUACAAUUUGUAUUUAUUAUUUUGAAUAGAUAGUUUACUUAAAACUUCCUUAGCUAAUAUCAAGCAGAUAUUUUUGAACUCUUUGUCCGUCUAACCUGCUUCCCUAUUGAAGUAUUUUUUUUAACUUAAAAUGAGACUAAAUUAGUAAAUGUAACUAUUUAAAUUAAUAUAGCUGAUGUUGUUUCCUUUACUAUGAAUUUUAGUGUUUAAUGCUGGUACUAGCUACUAGGGGGCCGAUUUUUGAAAUUCGACCGCUCGAUAUAGUGUAUUUCGUGUAAUAAUAUCUCCACUACGAGGCAUUUAAAUUCUACUAAUAGAAUUGAAUACGAGUGGUUAAUACCACUACUUUCCCAAUUGCUAUUGUCCGUUUUUCAAAAAUUAGCAUCAGAAAUGAAAUUGGCGUCAAUCUCCAAUUUAAUGACCAAUUUUAAAUUUAUGGUGAUAUUAGGGCCCUCUAAAAAGAAAACAAAUGCCUCAUCAUAACGAAAAUACUGGCCUCACAAUUUGGUAUACUUGCGUCCGCACCUCAUUUUAUCGGUAAUAUCGGUCAUUGUCAUUAUCGGCGGUUGAAUUCGGCGAGCCAAAUUGGCGUUUUUGUCCGCAAGUCCUGAUUCGAUCGGGCAAUUUAAUCAGAUUGGCGAAAAAUUGACUAGUCUGGAUACUCCUUUAGUCCAGUACAUUUGUAAAGGCCCCUGUACACAAUGGGCCAGCGCCAGCCAGGCCAAGGGACGCAGCCAUGCGGUAGAAUGAGAUAGCAAUAUCACUUGCUCCCUCUAACGCAUAAAUACGUCCCCCAGUCUGGCCCAUUGUGUACAGGGGCCUUAACAUAAUAAUAUUUUGAGCCCUAUUUUAUAAAAUCACAAGUCUUAACCGUGUUACCGGUUAGAGUCGGACCAAGAAAAGUUUGCAGCGGAUUUACAACAUAAUUUCAUAUAAGUUUGACGUUUAAAAUAACACGUGCACUGCGUGGGCUAUCAAAUCCGCUGCAGACUUCACGGACUGACUCUAAGAUCUCUAGUCAUCGGCCAAGUGCGAACACGCUUUACCAUUGCCGGUUUGUGAAAUAGGGCCUUCACGGUUUUACACAGACUUGUGUGAGCGAGAUAGCGCUAUGCAUGCAAUGUAUACACAUAGCGACGUGCUGCUCGCACUCGCGGACCCGCAUAUGUUAAGCCCGCUUUAAAUUUGUAACUAGACUGUGUUUUUUAUUAGAAUAGAAAUUUUAAAUAAAUUGACCCUGCUAACUUGUCUUAUGGGCGCCUGCGAACAUGCGGCGAAGGUUUUGACUAUCUCCGUCUCUAUGGCUCGAAUAUGCAAGAAAGAGAGGCCAAUAGGCAAUUUUGAUAUGAUGUUCGCGGGAGUUCCCCGAUCAUUGGACCAAUGUGAAACAACUCCAGAGAAAUGUAAUAUAUUGUGUGUAUUUAAAAUACAAAA